AUGAAGUUGAAACAGAUCCCGCUCACGAAUUUGCACUCCAACUUGUCUGAGGCAGUCUCGAACACUAGCCGCAAGGAGCUCGACACGAUCAACUGGUAUUUGUAUAAGAUGGGAGUGCCGAUCGCCGACCGCGGGUCCGAGGUGGGCGACGACGGCCAGAGCGCGGCCCGCGACGGCGCCGACGAGGAGGACGCGGAGAGGGAGCUGUCCGACGUCUCCGAGGACGAGGAGGACGAGGAGGACGAGGAGGAGAUGGCCCAGAGCAUCGCCGUGACGGACCUGGAGGGCGCAGGCGUCAACGCCGUCGACAUCGAGGCCCCCCAAGAAUUCUUUCUUCCAGACCGCUGGGCGCGGCUGUCGGGGGGCGGCCGCAGUUCAUACCUCGUUCGCCUGCUCUCGACGUGCGCCCCGUUCUUGAUGGCGCUGAAGCCAGACAGGCGCGACCUCGUGCUCCUGGAGGCGUCUGGUGGCGUUUCGAUUUCAGAGGCGGCCUCCGCCCACGGGCCAGCUAUGCCGCGCGCAGAUAAGUUCGGGCCAGAGGAGAAUAUCACGAGCGACGAGGGCUACACCUAUUUGCUGUCAUUGGUGAUGCGUCUCCAGGAGGGCGCGCUGGCAUGGCUUUCGCCGUCUACGUCGACUUGGGCGGCAGAUUCCCCGAGUUCGCGGACGAGGCGCUUCGACGUGAUCGACGGGGACGAGGCGGUGCCCGAGGUCAAGGUGAAGCCCUCUGGCGAUGUGCGUGCUACGUUGCCGCCCAGCGGAGAGUACCCGCCCGAGUUCGUGAAAUGUGUUGCCGAGGUUGCGCGCAAGCUGUUCCUCGGCCACCCUGCUCGCGAGAAGCUGCCCAUGCAAGCAGAGCCUGACAACGUCGGCAAAAAGAGGCGCCUGCGCGUCAAAACGAGCCCGCAGCAGGACAGCAACGUUAAGGACGACUGCGGCCCGACCACCGCCGCUUGGAAGGAGAUGGAUUGGAAGGCGAUCUUGGAGAUGAAGCGCGGGUCGAAUGGCACGUGGCAGCCGCCCGACAAGCACCCUGAGCGGAUCAUCGCUCGGCAGAUGGGCGUCAUGGUGGACUCCCCAGGGUCUGGCGCGGCGGCGGCCGACAGCGAGACCCCGAAGAAGCCCGUCAUGGUAUCGACGGGCACGCAGGUCGGGGACGGCGACACGCCCGUCAAGAUGACCACAAGCACGCCCAUCGACGACAAGGUCCCGUGCACGCCCCAGCCCGUUGGGAGGUCGCCGCAGCCGUUCGGCAGCGGCAGCCCAAGCCAGUACAGUUUCGCCGUGCUGGACUUCUGCUCGUGGAUGCGCACCGCUGACUGCCUGGCCCCCAGCGCCGAGCAGGCCCCCAAGGUCACGCCCAUGAAGAACACGCGGCGUGCAUCCACAUCGAUGCAGACACCAGCUCCAGUGACUCCAGCGGAGCGCCCUGGUGCAAUUGCGGACCUGCUCUGCAAGGCCAAGUCUGUCAAGCCAGUCCCUGCGACGAAGAACGAAGUCAAGGCGGCGCCCCUGCGGCAGACGGUGGAGGUGGAGGAAGAUGAUGGAGACAUUGGGGCAGGGGCUGAGGAUAUGGAGGUGGAGGGGUUGAGCGAGGACGGCGGUGAUGUAGAGGUGGGGGAUGGUGACGAUGAGCAGGGCGCCCUGCCUCCUCCCGCGGGCGCGCCCACGCAUGAAAAUUGCCCACAGUCGGUCACCAAGGCGGCCAAGGGCUGCAAGGGCACGCAGUCGGUCAUCAAAGAGGCCAAGGGCGACACAGUCCCGAAGUCGGUCAUCAAGGAGGCCAAGGGCGGGAAGGGCGCUGAUCAGUCGAGGCCGAAGAGCUGGGUUCACCCGCUCAAUGGGGAGAUGCGCGCCGUCUACGGCAAGCAGAAAUCAUACAGCCUUCAGUUUGACGAAUUUAACAAGCCCCAUCUGUUCAUCGAAACGAAUGAGAAACAAACGGCUGAGCACGCCGACCUCUUGUGCAAAAUCAUGAAGCAAGCCUGCGCCAAACACCUCACCAAAGCUCAGACUGCAGCGUUGCGGUCCAAGCUCUUGGCGCAGAUGUUUCGCACCCGAGAGCUGCGCUUCCCCCUGCUGGCCAGCGAGGCGUGCGCAGGCUGGAUGCUGGCGGUGUGCAUAUUGGUUGCCUUGAGCCCCCUCGGGGUGCGGGGUGAGAGCGCAGGGCACAAUGGUGAGAAGAGUAAGGAGCGCUCGGAAAUGAGCCCUCGCAGGAAGAAGGUCGCCGAGCUGGUCAAGAUGUGCGAGGGCAAGAGCCUCGAAGAGAAGCAAGAGAUCUUCAGGGCGCUCUUCAGCCCCGACGAGAUCAGGGCGCUCUACGGGAAGUUCAAGACGGCUCGAGCGCCCAGGCCCGACGUGACGGAGCAGUUCGAGUCCAUCAGCUCGAACCCUGCUCUCCGCCAGGGCAAGAACGACGCGAAGUUCCAGUGCCUCGUCGCGUGGGUCAAGGACCCAGACAUGGACGAGAAGUUCAAGACGAUGGUGACGAAGCUCAGCUACGGGGAGACGAUGUCGCGCAAACAGACGUGGGAGCCCUGGAAGCAGAUGGUGGACAAGUACGGCUCGGAGGAGGCGACGGAGAGGGUCGACGAGGGCACCAUCAAGGUUCGCCGCGACCCGAACCACCCGCGGCGGAAGCAGUUCUUGGACGUGGAGGACACCCACGAGAAGUCGUUCGGGAGGCAUCGCGAGAAGUCGCUGCACGGCCAGAAGAAGCUCUCGAACGACGAGUUCGACGAGAUCGAUGGCCAGUUGAAGCGCGCCAAGAUGCUUGACGACGUGCGCCGAGGAGAUGACCACAACAUGGGGCUCGACAUGCAGGCGUCGGACGACGAGGAGCCCGAGGACAAGCCGAAAACGAAGAAGGACAAGACCUGGAAGCAGCUGCUCGAGGGCGACCACUCGCCCAUGCGCAAUUACGACGAGAUCAAGGCUGACAUGGAGAGCUUCUAUGCAGCAUAUAAGGUGUUCAUCGAUUUCCUGCUGAACCGCGCGAAGGCCGCCACCCCGGCCGCCAAGAAGCCCGAUCUCGAGAAGGCCAAGAAGGUGAUCAAGGACGCCCGCAAGUGCAACGACGAGCUUGGCGACUACCAGACGGACCCCUCGCCGUCGAUGGAGGGGAUGCGGAAGGCGUGCACGUCCAUGAAGGGGGUGUUUGCGAGCGGCAGGCAGCUCAAGAUCCUCGACAACUGA